CCAAUUGGCCCACUAAAAUCACAUGGCGUAGUGUUUCUCGGAUGUUACUGUCAGUAUUGAGUGAGAGCAGCAGAGACAGAGCAAGAUGAGUGUGAAAUUGUAUUACACCACUGUGACCGGCUCUAGGGAGGUGAAAUCCCAGCAGGCAGAGGUGAUGCGAGUCAUGGACAGUAAAGGCAUCACGUAUGAAAUGAUUGACAUCGCACAGAAUAACUCUUUAAAGGAAGAGAUGAGGACCAAGUCAGGAAAUCCUAGAGCCUUGCCUCCUCAAAUCUUCAAUGGUGAACAGCACUGUGGGGGUUACGAGGACUUUGUAGAGGCCGUGGAAACAACUGAUGUGCGGAAGUUCCUGAAACUCGACUGAGAUCAUAUUGGCGCCCGAUUAGCCAGAGGCAGAGCGUGGAGGCUGCCUGAAGCAACUUGCUGCCCUGCGUGUGGAUCCAGCUGUGUUAGUCUUUUAGAAACCAUAACAGCUUCUCUGCCUCACUACUUUAUUGGGAGCUUGCUGCCCAUUCGCCAAUUCUAUUGUAUUGUAAACUGCUAAUGAUUUAAAGAUUAGUCAUUCCGCAACUGAAUUAAAACCAAUCCAUUCCUUGGGGUGAGGUUGCUGGCUGAAGGAUACAAAGCCAUGGAGCAGGGCAAGGGGAGGGGAAGGGAGGUUAGGGGAAGUUUGAGUGACUCGUAGCUCAGGCAAACCCAGUACCUUGGAAAGUCACUGCAUGGGACCAAUCCAUAGAUUGCAUUUCUCAUCUGUUCCUAGAUAUUUGUCCAACUCCUGAAUGGAAAAAGCUCCACUUUGUUUUCAAUUGGAAUGUGCUGUUCUGGGUGGGUUCAAUUCCUGGAGACUGGCCUCUUAAUUAAACAAAGGGAAAUUUGGUUCAUUGAGUCUGGGGAAGGUAAAGGGUUCCUGGGUGAUGAGAGGGGAGGAAGUCCAGGCUAGUGGAAAGAAUGUUGUUUUCAUUCUCUGUAGGGUGAGAGCAAUUGUCGGAGUGAAUCAACGAUGUGAUGAUAUUGAGACUAAAGGCACAAAUUGGGAGGUUGUAGGGUGGUAACUGCCCUAAAGAAAUGAUCAAGUUUAGCACUGUCUUGUUACCAUUUUAAACAUGGUGAUUAGCUCUGAUAACCUGGCAGUUUGGGAGGACGUUACAGCAUUGCGACCCCAGGCUGUGAAAAGCAUCACCAUCCUGUGAUUAGGCAGUUUCAUGGGACAGAUGGGGUUUAAAUUCUCCAUACAUUAGGGAAGUGGACAUUGCCCCAGUAUGCUAAUGUUUCUAUUGGGAGUACAUUCCAGACUCAAUGCAUGGGUAGUUUGUGGAUUGUAGCCACUUUGGGAAUCCAGAGUCGUUAUUACAGCCCUGAGUUUGUGCAAUUGUCCCGCGUUCUUUUAGGAUUUUGAGUGCCAUUGGUUGGUAAACCAACAAACACGGUCCAAGACAUUCAAUUUUUAUUUCCUUUUAAAAAUGUACUAUCUCUCAGAUCUAGCAACACUCUGUCAUUGAAAAUACAGAAUUCCUCUACCUCUAA